AUGUCCGCCGUCGACCCCGCGCGGCCCGACAUCGUCGCCUUCAUGCAGCAGGCCUCCGCGGCCCUGGGCACCGACCUCCCGCCCCCCAAGGACGUCUUCCGCUUCGGCGGCGACGACCCCGCCGCGACCGACAAGCUCGGGCGGCUCGCCAUCGCCGGGGAAAAGACGGCCACGACGUCGUGGCCCGUCCCGGAACCCCUGCACUGGGGCGUCGGCGACCUGUCCGUCAUCCUCGACGGCCGCGGCCGGCCGCUGGCCGUCAUGCGCACGCUGUCCCUUGUGCGAUGCAGGUUCCGCGACGUGGCCGAGGACUUUGCCCUGGCGGAGGCCGAGGGCGACUACGAGGCGUACCGGCGGGGCCACGUCGAGUUCUACGGGCGGCAGGAGAACGGGCACGAGUUUGGCGACGACAGCAUGGUGAUGUGCGAGAGGUUCGAGGUCAUCUAUCCUGUAAAGCCGGUAUCCGCAUAG